CUGGCUGUCCUUUAACGCGUUUUUUUACGCGUAAUGCUUGUCUGUGGAUGCCCUGUAUAUAUCUCUCUCUAUUUUCUCGUAUUACCCUUAGCAGGUGCAUCCCAUUUUCAUCUGCAUCUGUCUUUUUUCUCUGUACGUAUUCUUCCCCCUCGAAAACACCAUUUUUAUUCUGUCUAUACGUAUUCUUUUCCUCGUAUAAUUGCUGAAGAAAAUGCCUUCAUUGGAUGAAGAAGAGUUGUUUCUCCCAUCAACGCCUGGGAAGUUUAAGGAUAGGAGCAACACAAUGCACAGACAGUUCCAUCGUUGUUUUGCAUCUACUAGUACGUUGUUUUUGUGGGCUUUGUUCUUGGUGGCAUUAACGGCGUCGUAUUUGAGUUUCCAAUCGUUUGUAGAUUCGGGUAGCCGGUAUUUCUCAUCCACCUGGGGUGGUAUCCACUGGGAGAAACAAGUACGUACCUCUGCCCAGGUCCGCCGUGCAAAUGGGUUCUCCGUUCUCGUCACCGGGGCCGCCGGUUUCGUAGGCACCCACGUUAGCCUCGCCUUGAAAAAACGCGGCGACGGCGUUGUGGGUAUCGAUAAUUUCAACAAUUAUUACGACCCAUCAUUGAAAAAGGCCAGAAAAAGCUUGUUGAAUGCUCAAAAUAUUUUCAUUGUUGAAGGAGAUAUCAAUGAUGCUCAAUUGUUGGCCAAGCUUUUUGAUGUUGUGGCGUUUACACACGUAAUGCAUCUGGCUGCACAGGCUGGGGUCCGAUACGCCAUUGAAAAUCCACAUUCGUACGUUCACAGUAAUAUUGCAGGAUUAGUCACUCUUCUCGAAGCCUGUAAAACCGCCAAUCCACAGCCUUCAAUUGUUUGGGCUAGCUCCAGCUCGGUAUACGGCCUCAACGAAAAGGUUCCCUUCUCUGAAUCGCAUCGGACCGACCAGCCCGCUUCGUUAUACGCUGCCACGAAGAAGGCCGGAGAAGAAAUUACCCACACUUACAAUCAUAUUUACGGAUUAUCCAUUACAGGAUUGAGGUUCUUCACUGUUUAUGGCCCCUGGGGACGACCCGACAUGGCGUACUUCUCAUUCACCCGGAACAUUUUGCAGAGAAAACCGAUAACAGUUUAUCGUGGCAAGAACCGGGUCGACUUGGCCCGGGAUUUUACCUACAUUGAUGAUAUUGUCAAGGGUUGUGUAGCUUCUAUUGAUACGUCGAAGAAGAGUACCGGGUCGGGUGGGAAGAAACGGGGCCCGGCUCAGUAUCGGAUCUUUAAUUUGGGUAAUACGUCGCCGGUGACUGUUCCUAUGAUGGUUGGGAUAUUGGAAAGGCAAUUGAAAGUUAAAGCUAAAAAGCAUAUGGUUGAAAUGCCCGGAAACGGCGACGUUCCUUUUACUCAUGCGAACAUAAGUUUGGCCCGAAGAGAACUCGGGUAUAAACCGACAACGGAUCUGCAAACCGGGUUGAAGAAAUUUGUUAAAUGGUACCUUUCUUAUUACGGCCACAAUCACCGCAAGUCUGUAAAGUGAUUUAUUUGAUUUAUUUUUAUUUUAAGUUCGGCGGUUUAAUUUUUUUUUUUUUUUAAAAGAAAAAAAAGUAGGAUAUUUAUUCUUAUCUUGGGGAUGAGGGAUUGAAAGUACAAGUCCUUAUCUUUAGAUUUGUGUUCUUACUUUUUUCGUUGUAAAGUAAAGAGGAAAUAAAGUUUCCUGGUUAGGCCCACUUAAUUUUUUCGUAUUCGUAUAUAGUUUCAAUGUGUUCAAGGGUAGUUAUGGUAUUUAACUA